AUGUUUCAUCAAUUAUUACCUUUCCGCCAGAUUUUAUCAGCAUCUGAGUCGCCCGACGAGCUCGUACGUGAUACCGUAUCUCCGCUUUCUCCUGUUAUCACAACAGAAACUAUCCCCGCUAUUGCCUGGCUUCGCCUAAUCAACCCCGAUGCUUGCUCGGGUUUCUUUAGCCUGACCGAUCGUACCGACGGAACUAAGAGUUCUGGAUGUUCCAGUGUAUGCGUUGUUAAUGGUGACUCUGUGGCAGACCUUUCGACUCGUAUCCUAAUGGCUUGCCGUCUUUCAAUGCCGGCUGCUAAAGGUUAG